CGUCCUCGGCCUCGGGGCUCCGGGACUCAGCCGACUCCGCGCGGGGCCGUACGGCACCAUCAACCGGGUGUACACUCCCAGAAUGAGCUCGGGGACAAGCCCCACGCUGUGCGGGAGCCCAGGGACUGCCCGGACUUGGCGGAAAACGCGGAGGCGCGGCGGGAGUUAGACCGCCAGGAGGCGCUGUGCACGGCUGGGCAAUCAGAACUCUCGCGAUAGGUGAGACGAGGCUUCCCGGAAGUGAUUCUCCGGAAGAAGCAUGGCUGUUCCCGGAACCUGGCUCGGAGCUGCACGCUGAAGCGCCGACAGCAUGCAGUCUGAUGAUGUUAUCUGGGAUACACUAGGAAACAAGCAAUUUUGUUCCUUCAAAAUAAGAACCAAGACUCAGGGCUUUUGCAGAAAUGAAUACAGCCUGACUGGACUGUGUAAUCGGUCAUCCUGUCCCCUGGCAAACAGUCAGUAUGCUACUGUCAAAGAAGAGAAAGGACAGUGCUACUUGUAUAUGAAGGUUAUAGAACGAGCAGCUUUUCCUAGGCGUCUCUGGGAACGGGUCCGGCUUCAUAAAAACUAUGAGAAAGCACUGGAGCAAAUAGAUGAAAAUCUGAUUUAUUGGCCUCGUUUCAUUCGACACAAAUGUAAGCAAAGAUUCACCAAGAUCACCCAGUACCUAAUUCGAAUUCGAAAACUUACACUAAAGCGACAGAGGAAACUCGUUCCUUUGAGUAAAAAGGUGGAGCGGAGGGAAAAAAGAAGAGAGGAAAAGGCAUUAAUCGCUGCUCAGCUGGACAAUGCCAUUGAGAAGGAAUUGCUGGAGAGGCUGAAACAAGAUACGUAUGGCGACAUCUACAACUUCCCCAUUCAUGCCUUCGACAAGGCCCUGGAACAGCAGGAGGCAGGGAGUGACUCUUCAGAUGCUGAGGAAAAAGAUGAUGAAGAUGAUGAUGAAGAGGUGGGGAAGAGAGAGUUUGUGGAAGAUGAUGAGGUUGAUGAGAGUGACCUAAGUGAUUUUGAGGAUAUGGAUAAACUGGAUGCCAGCAGUGAUGAAGAUCAGGAUGAUAAAUCCUCCAGUGAGGAAGAAGAAAAGGCCCUUGAUGCCAAACACAAAGGCAAAAUGCCUUUGAAAGGACCUUUGCGGAGAAAACGAGCAUACGUAGAGAUAGAGUAUGAACAGGAGACAGAGCCUGUGGACAAGGCCAAAACCACGUGAUUUCCUGUCAGACAUUUAUAAACAGGACUGAACAUUUUGAACUUCUUCCUUUCUUUUAUCUUAAGCACAUACACACCUCCAGAUUUUGCUCUUUAUGUUGUAUUUAACACAGUAUUUGUGUUUUUAAUAUUUAUGCCACUUCUGGCAAGAAACCUGGAAGAGUGGAGGAAAGCCUUAAAUUGUGAACACAGUAUUUUUAUAGCAUUGGCAUAUGUGUUGAAGUAACAGCUUGAACCCAAGCAGCUUAACAGAUGAGUUUGUGGGUGUAAAUAUUUUUAAAUUUUAAAUGCUACCCACUCCCCCUCUUUCUUGCUGUCUUCUCCCCGAACUUUAUUUAGAAAUGUCUAGAUUUCAAUUUUUUCUUGUUCUCCUUUCCCUACUUUUUUGAGAGUAAAAGGAAAAAAGGACAGAGAUCUAAAUUAUACUGUUUGUAUAAAAAUACCUUUUCCUUAAAUAAUCACAUUUAUACAACUGGAAUACAAAGAAAAUC